GAUAUACAGUUGAUCCAUGAGACCCUAGCAGACCAUGACGGCGAUGUGACUGCCACAAUAGACUUCCUAAUACAAAUAGUUUUUGCUUCCAAUCAGAGUGAUUCUUAUCGUAGUAGUUCACCUGAAAGUUCAAAGGCUGAUGACCACCAAGUGGAUAGUUUGUGGUCAGAGUCUGGUACUGGAUCAAGACUAUUUGGUGAUGUACAUAGUGAUAGCACUUCACAGUCUGAGAGUACAUCAAAUCAUAAUACUGGUAGCAGUGGUGGCGCUAUACCAAAGUCCAAUCAACGAUCACGUUCAACUGGCAGAGAGAGAAAACGACAAAACAAAAUGGAGAAGAAACGACGGCAAAUGGAAAGACAUCGACAGAAAAUAAUGGGAGAAAAAGAAGAAGGUGAUGAAAGUGAUGACAAUGAUGUGGAUCCCACAUUGCUGAAAGAUUUAGGAAUGCUGGCAAUUUGAAAUUUGAAGUAUUUUUGAUAUUUACAUUUUAGGAUUAAAUUAACUUGCAAUAAAGUAAUUUACUUGUAUAAACAGUUUUAAAA